ACAAGGAAGCUAAACAUGGCGUCCGGACAGCAAUGGGUGUUGGUGGAAAUGGUGCAAGCAUUUUAUGAGGCUCCUGCUUACCACCUGAUCCUGGAGGGGAUCCUCAUAUUGUGGAUCAUCAGACUCCUGUUCUCCAAGACCUACAAACUUCAUGAGACCUAUAAACUGACAGAGAAGGAGAAAGAAGACCUGAUUGAGGAGUGGCAGCCAGAGCCUCUGGUUCCUCCUGUAUCCAAAGACCACCCCUCCCUCAACUACGAUGUCGUCACCGGACCUCCCAGCCACAAAAUUAUCAUCAAUGGGAAAGAGUGCAUUAAUUUUGCAUCAUUUAACUUCCUUGGUCUCCUUGACAACGAGCGGGUUAAGCAAAAGGCUUUGGCAUCACUGAAGAAAUACGGUGUGGGCACAUGUGGUCCAAGAGGCUUCUAUGGAACUUUUGAUGUUCACCUGGAGCUGGAGAGUCGUUUGGCCAAAUUCAUGAAAACAGAAGAGGCCAUCAUCUACUCUUAUGGCUUUGCAACAAUUGCUAGUGCGAUCCCUGCCUACUCCAAGAGGGGGGACAUCAUCUUUGUGGAUGAAGCCGCCUGCUUCUCCAUUCAGAAGGGUCUCCAGGCGUCCCGCAGCUUUAUCAAAUACUUCAAACACAACGACAUGGAGGACCUGGAGAGGCUGCUCAAGGAGCAGGAGCUGGAGGACCAGAAGAAUCCUCGUAAAGCGCGAGUGACGCGGAAGUUCAUUGUGGUGGAGGGGCUCUACAUGAACACUGCAGACAUCUGUCCUCUCCCCGAACUGGUGAAGCUCAAGUACAAGUACAAGGUGCGGAUCUUCCUGGAGGAGAGUCUGUCCUUUGGUGUGUUGGGAGAAUACGGCCGAGGAGUCACAGAACAUUUUGGGGUUGAUAUAGACGACAUCGACCUGAUCAGUGCCAACAUGGAGAACGCUGUGGCCUCCAUCGGAGGCUUCUGCUGUGGACGCUCCUUUGUCAUCGACCACCAGCGUCUGUCAGGUCAGGGCUACUGUUUCUCUGCGUCGCUGCCUCCCAUGUUGGCUGCUGCUGCCAUUGAAGCUCUGAACAUCAUGGAGGAGGAUCCAGAUAUUUUUGCUGUCCUGAGGAAAAAGUGUCAACAUGUUUACAAGUAUUUACAGGGGAUCCCAGGUCUGAAGUUAGUGGGAGAACCUUUCGCCCCGGCUCUUCACUUACAGUUGGAGAGAAGUACAGGGUCCAGAGACUCUGACAUGCAGCUGCUGCGCUCCAUUGUAGAUCAUUGUUUGGAAGGACGUGUGGCUCUGACCCUCGCUCGCUACCUGGAGAGAGAGGAGCGCUUCCUCCCCCCACCGAGCAUCAGAGUGGUGGUCACCAUCGAACAGACAGAGGACGACGUCCAGAAGGUUGUGUCCUGUAUCCAGGAAGCAGCUUCAGCUGUCCUCAAGUGAAGAAAUGUAGCGUCACUGCUGACAUCACUGGAGCUUUACCUGGAGUCCACUCGGUGGACUGGGUAGGACGUCACUGUGAGGGGGACACUCCUGACCACACACUCCCAUCCAUGUUUUUACUGGAGACGUUGCCUUUGUUCUCAUGUAUCAUGUGUCAUAAUCAAACUACAUGUUGUGUAUUAUUUUGAAUGUAAGUGUGGCUCCUCUGCAGUUCACUGUCACUAAUAAAGAAAAACCACUGCAGUGAGAACUAGGCUUGAUUUUCACAGACCAAAUGACCUGUUGCUAUUGUACUGACCAAAGAGGAGACAUUGAGCUUGUUGUUUUAUUUAAUAUUCUUCAGUCUGUUUGUACAUGAACUGUACACCAUGGUUGUUUUACCUCAAAUAGAUGCUGAUUUUUA